AUUGACUUUGCCAAUCAUUCUAACACUAGUCCCUUCUCAUUCAGCUCUUCGAGGUUGAAUAGAUUGGAAACAAUGGAUGAAUAUCCUCUGGAGCAGCAAAGUCAAUCUCAUGAACAAGAGAACGAAAUAGUUACAGAAGGUAGUGCCUUUGUGGAUGGUGAGCCUCCUUCUCAAGACGGUAGUGUUCCUCCUAAAGUUGAUUCCCAAAUGGAAGUCCUGGAUGAGAAAGUCAGUAAGCAGAUCAUUAAGGAAGGUCAUGGCUCCAAACCUUCCAAGUACUCCACAUGCUUCUGUAAGUACCACCACUUAGCUCUCUGUUGAUCAACUGGUUUAUAU